AACAUAUAAAAUAUGACUCAUUGGAUUGUACCGUCUCUUUAGGACACAUAUCCGUGGAAAUAUGAAGGCGGUCUUUGCUCUUGCGCUCUUUGGGUUUGUUGUGGCCCAGCAUCCCAAUAAUUACAACCGUGAUCGAAUCCAUGGCUACACAUUUGAAUAUCACUCAUACGCUGAUUUACUGGUAGUCACCAACAGCAGCACCUGCAUCCUGGUAUCCCUCCCGGGCAAGGAUGCUGUCAUGGGUGACCUCCAGCAACGCUACGCAAUUGAAGACAAGGUCUACGCCCAAAUCACGUCCGGCCAGGGGGAACAUCGUACCAGUCUCUCCCAAGUCCGCCAGGACUACCACGACAUCCGGGCAGUGUUCGAGUGCUUCAGAAAGACUGUCUACGAACUAACAUACUCAGCAGCCACAAAAUAAACACCUGUAUUCUGCUGAUCACAUCCCCUGGUGUUAUUAAAACAUUGUCUUAUGA